AUCCAUCGCCUCUAUAAAGCCUUCACCCCAACGUCCAAACGCGCAAGCAACCCACCAAUUCUCUCUUUGAUCACCCUACCACCACAGACUCAAGAUCCAAGAAAAAGUCUAAUCCAAGAUGCCUCGCAACCGCGGUUCCGCUCGCCCUGCCGCCCGCAGUGCUGCCCUUCCAGUCCGGCAGCCUACUCGCUCGGCCUCUACUCCCUCUGUCCCCGUUCGUGCCGCCGCUCCCCCGGUGCCGGCAACUGCUAAAGCCCACCCCCCAGCAGCCCCUGCGCAGGGUCAAUCCCCAGGCUUGUUCGGUCAGGUAAUUAUAAGUCCAUCCCCCCGUCCAUCAAAGAGAUAUGUUGUGAUAAUAUUAUAUUGUGCCAGGGGGUACAUUUGCUGAUAAUUGUUGAUUGGGUAGAUGGCUUCCACCGCGGCAGGAGUUGCUGUCGGAAGCACCGUCGGACACAUGGUUGGAGCCGGGAUCUCUGGGUUGGUGAGUUUCCCACCAUCUUCACCGUUACCGUAACCCAGGCGGACAUGCAUGGUUGAUUGAUGCAGUGAUUGACUAACAGUUGGGUUUUGGGGGGUUUUGUUAGUUCGGCGGAUCGAGUGCGCCUGAACAACCCGCUGCUGCUGAGCCUGUCAAGUCUGAGUCUGCUUCCUCUGGUAGCUGGGCUUCCACUCCCUCUUGUGAAGCGGAUGCAAAGAGCUUCACAAAGUGUCUUGAUGAAAACCAGGGCAACAUGCAGAUUUGCUCUUGGUACCUUGAUCAAUUGGUAACUCCUCCCCCUUUCCACUCCACACCCACCCUCCCCCCCCCCCGACUUUGGGACUUUGGGAUUCACCCGGACUUAUAUCCAACAAUUUUUCUUGGGGAGGGUGGUGACUGACUACCGGUAUAUGCGCGAAACUAUAGAAAGCAUGCCAGAACAUGGCCAAGAACUAUUGAGUUCGACUGCACUUACUUUUUCUCGGUCAAGCUUUCUUUCCUUUUUUUUCUGUAAAGGAAGCUUUCUCGGAUAGCUCUUUAUUGGGGUGGGAAUGGACGUCAUUACCACUCAGCCAAUCUGUAUUGGUAAACCUUUGCGGUUAACUUCAGUUAGAAUUGUAACAAAAGUAUCUUCACUCGCGAA